AUGAAGAUCUCUUCUGCUACCAGUACAACCUUACUAGUACUGCUAUUCUUUCUCUUGGCGGUAUCAGUGGCCGAAGCACAGCAGGAAGCCUGCGAGAGCCUGAUUUCUGGAUCCAUCUCGGUGGCGGGUGCCUCCGCCGUCGAACGGUUGGCCACAGCGUGGGUGGAUGCCUACACCGAGACCUGUGGGGAUGUGAUAGAUCCACCCAAUGUGGUGAUUGAAGCUGGUGGGAGCUCCGAUGGUGCUUCUCGUGCGUGUGGUACCUCCCUCUCGAGUGACCCCAUCGAUAUUGGUGGCAUGACGCGUCCCUUGACCAGUGGUGAAGCCACUACCGAAAAUGGAUUUGAGUUUGACUGUGCCCGAUCGACACGCCGAUUGCUACAAGUCGAAGUGGCCUCGGAAGGCAUCGCCGCUGCCACUAGUAUUGAAGGAAGUGCUGCUACUUGUAUCAAGAUCUUGGAUGGUUUGACACUGGAUCAACUCCGUUGGAUCUUUUCCUCUUACACGGAUCAACAAUUGAUGGAAUCUGGAUGGGAUGCCAACAGUGUCCCCUACUCGGACAAUGAUCCCAACACACACUUGUGGAGUGAAAUCAACAAUCUGUGUCCAGAAGAAGAAAUCAAAAUUGCUUUUCCCGAAAAGGGAGCACUUCUCUUCAAGGAACUCAUCUUUCGCGGGGUCGAUGAAGCCUUUGCCAUUCAUCGUGACAAUGCUACGUUGAUCAGUGCGCAAUCCAACCAAGAUUUGCGCGACUAUAUUCUGGAAAAUGAUAGCGCCAUUACUUACUUUGAAUUGGCCCAUGUCAUUGCCGAAGUUGAUCAAGAAUUGGUCAGCCUCGUCCCCAUUCAAGAAGAUGGACAUGCCAUCAAGCCAGGUGCUGCAUCCUUUGAUUCUGGUACUUAUCCAUUGGCACGUCGCAUCUACAUGAAUUUGUUUCAUGAUGAUGCUUCUCUGGAAGCUACCCGGGCGUUGAUGGAGUUUGGGUUUUCCAGCCACGGCGAUCAAGCAACCAAAUCGGUGGGAUUUUGGCCCAUUGACCGGUGGGAAAAGGUGCUGAUGGCCACUCGGAUCCAGAGUCGUUCUGGGAUACCCAUUGGUGAAAUUGAGGACUACUGCAAUGAGGGAGUCGAAGAAGAGACCAUUACCAUUGCCGGUUCCUCCACAGUCUUCCCCGUGGCACAAAUAUGGUCUGAGAUAUACAGAAUUGGAUGUCCCCAGGUGUCAUUCGUCGUGGAUGGAGGAGGCAGCAGCGUUGGCGCAGGACGUGUCUGUGGAAACCCCGAGCACGGUACUCCGGUGGACAUUGGCGACAUGUCGAGACAAUGGAAAGAUAAAGAGGCAGAGGUUGUCAAUGGGCACCUCUACAACUGCAAAGAACCCGGUGGCACAUCUAGAUCAGUCAUACAAGUCGAUGUGGCCAUUGAUGGGCUGACGGUGGCAGUCAAGGAAGGAGGUACAGCCUGGAAGUGCAUUCAAACCCUUGGAGCACUGACCGUGGACCAACUACGAUGGAUUUAUUCCGACUACAACGAUGCCCAGUUAGAAGAAACCGGAUGGGACCCCAGCUCCCUCAAGAACAGUGAUCGCAACUCUCAAACUCACCUGUGGAGUGAGCUGGACGAGCGCUGCCCCAGAGUCGAGAUCCGCAUUGCAGGUGCCGAUGACCUGAGUGGAACCUACGAAUACUUCUUGGAGACAGUGCUCGUGGAUCAUGACAAUGGCGAGACCUUUGAUCUGAACCGUCCAGGAUUUGGCUAUGAGAAUAGUGCCGUAGAUGAAGAUCUCGUGGCCUACGUGCAGCAGUUUGCCGAGUCCAUUAGCUACUUUGGAUACUCGUACUACUUUGCAAACCGGGAUGCUGUCUCGGCUGUGGCCAUUACCAAUAUCCAAGGGGAAGCCGUCUUUCCAGACCCAACUUCUAUUGGAGAUGGAACUUACAAUCCACUCGCUCGUCGCAUCUACAUGAAUCUCUUCAACAAUGGGGAACGCUUAGCUCACACGGCUCCCUUUGUGACGUUCGGUCUCAGAACGCCCAGCCUGGUGGAAGCCACCGGGUAUGUCGCUCUUCCUUCAAGAGACGCGGAGAAUAUGAUUGAUCGUAUGGAUAGUCCAGGAUCGUUGGAGAGCACCAGUGAUGGCGCCCCGAAUGCCAAAGACGGAUGCAUCUUCACGGUGCUGGUGCCGUGGAUUUGUGUCUGGUUGAUUGCCAGAGAUCAUCAAUAG